GGACGGAGCAGCAGCGUUUGGCAUUUGGCAUACGAACGGUGUGCUUGUGACUUUUGAAAGAGAUUAUUUACUUAUUUUGCAAGUUAUUCAAUUACAUUUCCCGCAAUUAGUCUUGUGAUUAAUAAUAACACAUAAAAUGUCUCGUUCCGUCCGUGCCGAGACCAGAAACCGAGUAAAAGAUGACAUCAAAAGAGUCAUGCAAGCUGUUGAAAAAGUUCGCCAUUGGGAGAAGAAAUGGGUCACAAUAGGCGAAACCACUAUGAAAAUCUACAAAUGGGUCCCCAUAUCAACUAAUGAGCAAAAGAAAAAACACGCGGCCAAACGAGAAAAUAAGGAAAAUACUUUGACGCCAAAAAAGGUUCAUGACUCUUCUAAUUCAAACUUCGGUAUGGCAGAGGACUCUAACACUUGUUUUUCUACAGUCAGCGACUCUCAGGGUCCAACAGAUUUCACCUCGACCCAUAUGAAUUUCUCUGAAGACUCAAAUUCACAGAGCAGUGGUACAACAACUCCAGCAAAGCGGUUAAAAACUGAUUGAGUGUAAUUCAGGUAGUGAGUUAAUUGCAAUAAAUUGUAAAUAAACAAUGAUAAGGACUACUAAAACUGACUAUCUUUGUAGUUGGUUGUGAUGUUUUGAACAGUGGUGUGCUGUGAAGUUUUAUUUAUAAGCUUGCAUUUAGUUUGGUUGAUACUGCCGGUUUGAAAAGUGUACAAUUGUAUGUUACUUAAAUUAGGUAGAUUUUUAAGGUGUAUUUGGUGAAUGUUCUUGGAAAUUAACAGUAUGUAUUUAAUAGUUUCUGAAAACUACAUAUAUUGUACUUCUUGCUAUGUACAGGGUACAAAGGAGGAAGGAUUAUUAGCUCAUUACUGCAGCAGUUUUUUUAUGUUCCAAAAGGCUGAAGUAAUACAAAUAAUUUUAUUCAAAAUAAUAUUUUCCUUUGCUUGUACCUUAUGAAACUUGAAAAUGUUAUCAAGUAACACUUGCUUGCCAUUCCCAUUACAUCUUGGAUAAUGACAUCUAUUGUAAAUAGUUACUUUAAAAUGUGACCUAAAAUUACCUUAAUUAAGAACCUGAAAUUGUAACCAAAUAUGAGCUGUACACAUUUUAUUGACCUCAAAGUAGGUUGUGUACCUACUUCUAAUUGUGUUCUAUACUUAUCUGAUGAAUGUAGUGCAGUUGCGAAAUGACAGACAAAUUAAAACUGUUAAUUUUAUUAAAAAAAA